AUGUCUAUACCCAAAAAGCUACUUGCGCAGCGGUGGCUGCCCGUGGAUCAAUACCCGCUCACGAAAGCUAUCAACUCGCAUGUGCUUAAGAAGCUGAAACGAAGGACUAUCCUCCAGGCCAGCGUUGUGAGCGACAAACUCUGUGCCGAUGUUCUCCAACGAGUAUCUCCCUACCUGCAAAAAACCUCGCCCAUCGAUAUUCUCGACCUCUGGCCAAAUGCCGGAGUCCUUUCCUCGACAAUUCAUAAUUACAUCCGCCCUCGUCGCCAUCUCCUCGUCGAGCCCGACCUCCCUUCCUUCGAGCCUUGGCUCCGGAGACUCGUCGACAGCGAUCCCAGUUACAAACUGAUAUCCGAGGAAAUCUACACCCGUCGAGAUUGGGCCGACGUAUUUGAAGAACACCUCCCAGAGCAAGCAAGCUCUCAUCAGAAACAAAUAGCCGGCCAAUCGCUGCCCAGAAAUGAUACCCUCCUUAUUCUGGCCAGUCCGCCCGUUCCAGCCCAAAAGGCAGAUCAUUACACGCCGCAGCGAUGGUGGAGUGCGAUGAUGGAAAGCUGUAUGCAGCAGAGAGGUGUACACAAAUAUGGCAGUGUCCGAAUCCUGGCCUCACUUCCUCCCGGAGAGGUGGAAGGUAUCUUGCCGCGGACGGUUGCUGAGCGCAGACGGCCAGCCCUGUUGACGGAGACCGUCGCGUUGCAUGCCUUUGAAGUGGCCGGCUGCUAUAAAGAAGAGGAUUCUUGGGUCACCAUCAAGCCACUAGAAGUGACUAUGAAAUGCCAAGAGCGAGUCGCCGAACGAGCUGCAGCGCAGAGCGUUGUCGUUCCGGCUGGUCGCGAGCCUCCACCCUUCAAGCUAGCUCCAGUGUCUCUCAAGCGAGAUCGAUCAGACGUACCUCACUCUCCCCGAAUCUUUACCGAGCGACACCAAACCCUCCUGGAUGACAUCGAGGCGGGGAAUCGAGAGGAUCCGAAAAUUCCUAUUGGGAAAUCGCCGGCCAAAACGGCGCGCCAAAAAGCUCAAACUGCUCUCCACAAGGAGAAUGCGAUCUCGUACAGUCGACACGGGCUGGCUCGUUCUGAAAUCGCGAUCGACCGGGCGUCAGAGGCUCUAUCACGAGCCGCUGCGGAUCCUAGCAAGACGGUCGAGGAACUUGAGAAGCUUGAUCGCGAUAUUGGCGCUCAGAAGGUGGCAUUGACUGAUGAGAUCGCGAGCCUGCAUCAUCGUCUGUAUAAAAGCUGGGAUCGCCUUGUGGAUGACUAUCGUACGAUGAAUGCAUCCAAAAAUUUUGACAAGUCGGUCCUGCUGUAUGAUCGACGACCAUCGGAACCAAUGCUCAUCGAUAAAUUCGAGCUGUUCCCCCGCGAGCCACGCACCAUCGUGUACUUUGAGCCCGAUGCCAAUCCCGAGUUCGUCCACAAGCUCAGCCAUCUAUCAAAGCAGCAGCGGCAACAUGUCGAGGGCCUUUUCGAGGCUCUGUCCUCCGUGUUCGGUCCCCGGAAUCACAUUACUCUUGGCGAACUAUUUAAGAUUCUGUUCGUGGAUCGUCCCACAAACGAUAUUAUCAAGGCCGUUCCUGCGCUCGCACCCUUUGCGAUGAAGCGUCUCAAGCCCGGCUACGGGCCCGUGCCACUGGCCGACCCGACUGUAGACUCGAAUACUUGUUUCCAGGAGAAUCUCAACUACGACGUGAGCGAAGUGCGCCUUCGAUGUAUUCCCGGCGGGGUGAUGUGGGAUAUUCUCCUGGAGUACCAGAAGCAUGCGCCGGGCAUCACGGCCAUCCAAUUCAGCCGCAUGAUUGGAGGCACGCUGACCUCGUUCCGAGCCGGACGCAAUCUUAUGGUGGUGCCGAAGCGAAUGCACUAA